CACUGCAUUGUAACUAAAAAUGUUGUUUUAUUAUUUGGUAUUUAAUGCUGUUCAAACUGAAUUUGCACAACAUAAAUGUGUCAAUCCAAUAUAUUCAUCAGUGUCUGAUAUUCAUCAGAUAGUCAUUUAUAAUAGACCUCUGAUAUUAUUUGCCAUUAUUAUAAUUGUUGUCACAGCUCUGACACCUUAUCAAGAACAUCCUUCAGCUGCAAACUGCGACUUGUUUUUCAAUUUAAAAAUUGUUUUACAAAUUGUCUGCAUCUUAUUUUUCAUCACAGCCACACAGCACAAGCUUCAAUAAUAGGCAUUUUUAUCUAGAGCCUACUAUCUCGACAGUUUCCGCUGACAGGAAACAAAACCCACAAAAUGUCACUCAAGCAGAAAUGAGAUGUACAACGCAACGAUACUCACAUGUAGAAGUCGACGUGGUCCAAUGCUGAAAGCAUCGUGCGCUGGUGUGCCACGAUGACAACUACAUUGCUUCUGCUUCUAUGUCUGACAGGAGUUGUGAUUGCCAAUGAACCUCCAGAUGUGGACUGUAUAGUGGUGCAUCUGGCAGCUGUUCACUGUGUCUGGAAUAAGCAGGGGACUCCAGAGGUCAAUUACACCUUCUACGGCAAGUUCCAUAAUGACAAAGGCAGUGACUGCGGCAACUAUCUGUCAGUGAACAACACAAUCAUCGGGUGUAAAUUUCCCUACAAGAAAGAGCAGAGGUUCGAUACAUUUCACACGGUACUUAAACAUGGCGACAGCAAGACUGAGAAGGACCAUGAACUUAAAGGCAAAGUCAGGUUAAAUCCACCAACCAACCUGACUGUCCAAAAUGUAUCAGACUCUAACCUGUGGUACUACUGGAAUCAGACCUCUAAUGGCUGUGUGGAGAGUGAGGUUCGCUUCAGGUCCAACAACAAGAAGUGGCAGUCUUCUAAAGUCAGUAUUGGGAAGCAGAAUUACUGCAUCAACAUGCCAUCUAGUAGUUCCGUGUAUGAGCUGCAAGUGAGAAGCAGAAUAGGGAACGACUGUGGAGAGUCUGAAUACUGGAGUGACUGGAGUGAGCCUGUUACGUGGGGAUCCAACAAUGGCACGGAAACUAAUCAACCGAAUAAUACAAUGUCUGUGUGGGCCACAGUGGUGUCAAUUUCGGCUGCUCUCACCCUCGUCCUACUGGUCAUGAUGUUGCUGCACCAUGAGAGGCUCAGAAUUAUCUUCAUCCCUGUGGUUCCAAAGCCAUCCCUGUUCCAUGAUGACAUCGAGGAUUGGCUGCGAAUGUCCAAAGGCCUUAAAGAAGGUUUUAAGGCUAGCUACAAUGAGCGUGCCUGUCCUGUCCGCGAGUACUGCCACGUCUCCCAGUCCGACAGUGAGAGCUCUGACAGCUCCACCUCCUCUGUCACCACUGACCAAACUGACUGCUCCGUCUUCAUCCUUGCCAACGAAUCAGAAGAGUCCACACCCUGCUCCUCUUCCACCUCUGUUGCUGUCACUUUGUCUGAGGAGCAGCAGGUUUCUGUUUAGGAGGUAUCUUAGUAAGGGUCGGAUUUUCCAAAUCUUUACAAUCCAGACUUUCUUACACUGACACAUCUCUUGCAUCUCUUGCAUCUCUUGCGAGGAUCAGAUUUCACGUCGAGAUGCUUAAAAGCCGUUAAUUAAAGUAAAGCUAUAUCAACCACCUGAUGCAGUAGUUACAGGUAAAAAGAACAAUUUAAAAUCUCCUUAAAAUGUUUAUUUUAACACAAAUAAUAAACUGCCAAAGACUUUAUCUAUAAAUCACUUUUCACUAAUAAAAUGCAGUUUAAUUGCUAAUAAAGUUAUGUGUGUUAGAGUAUAAAUAUUAUAAGUACUUAAUAUGUAACCACUUUGAGGCUCCAACAUUCAAUGUAACUCAGAGUUUUGACUUUAUCAGUGAUUUCAUUAUACAAGGAGAGCAAAAUGAAGUUCCCCUUACAAGAACUUCCCCUUCCUCUAAUCCCUACAAAAUAUUAUUUUACUGGUAGAAACAUGACAACAAUAAAAGCCCUAAAAAGUCACAACCUAUCAGUCAGGUUAUUAUGAGAGACAAAUAUUUCACACCAGUAUUUCAGCUACUCACUGAAAAUAUGGAUUCAGUAUAGUAAGUGAGUAGUGUUCAGUUCAGCAUCUCUACUGUUUUGCUCACUGACUUAUAAGAAAUAAAUGCAAAAUAUGUUGUGUGUUUAAGUUUACAUUUAAGGUUUAGACUUACAUACACAUUAGGAAAAAAAAAAGAAAUCCAAAGUGUUUCUUAAAAACUGACAGUAUUUUCAAAGUCUUGAUGACAUGAAAUGUAACUUCAGCACGGCAGCUACAUUCUUGGGAAAAAUCUACACUAAAAUUCUGAAAUAAAAAUCUAUGUACUCAAAACAGGACUUCAUUGCUCAGAACACAGUAUGGUAAAAUAGUCAGAUCAAUACCUCUUUAUCAGUGCUUGCUUGCUUGCAUCAGUCAGGUAAUUUCCUUAUCUGCAAUUUUAAAGUUAUUCUCCAUAUACCGAGCUUAGCAAUAUGGUGUUUGUGUGCAUUGAUAGCCUAUAUAUCAAUAUAUGUGCUUGUUUUAUAUUUUAAACUGUUAGUGAGACAUUAUGUAAUGAAACAAACCCACAUGCAUAAAUCACAGAAAGUUUAAACAAGUUUUCAAUACUUUUGGUAAUUUUAACUGAUCAUGCAGAUGGAGAAAGUGGCAAAAUGACAUUUUCUUGUUUGUUUUGUAACACAAAAGUAACUAAUAUGUUGGUGUCAUGUAUAGCUGGAUGAUAUUGAUGAAAUCUAAUAUCCCAACAUUUUGAUUAAAUACCUUAUUGGUAUUUGGGUAUGACUAUUGAUCUUCGUAUUUAAUGAGAACUAAUUACAAAAACCGAAGGCAGCUUUUAUUGUUCACUUGCUCAGCUGGUCAAAUUACCAAGUGGGUACCACUUUCUAAUCUUUUCUUUCUAAUUUUUAAAGGGUUUAUAAGUUGUACAUUUUAAAUUCUUGGCUUUAUUAAUGGUUAAUACGAAUUCUAUAUCUGCAACUGUGAGAUCUAAAAUAUCCCUUAGGCUGGUGUUAUCCUCCUCCAACAUGACACUUGCUGGACAAGUUUUGCAAUGCAUCCAGACCAAAAUGUAUUUAUUUUUUAACAAAUUAACAUUUAGGUUACUGCAUAUUGGAUGGAUUAUCAUAAAAAACCUUUAUUAAGGACUUGAUAUUAACUGCAGAUUCGAUGGCUUGUUAUAUAGUGAGAAAACCAUGAUCAUGUAUUAAUUAUUAUAUCUCCAUUAUUACUAAACAGAAAGAAUAGACGCCAGCCAAAAGAAUUUUUGGUAACAUGUUCCUACUGAUGUCUUCUAAUUGAUCUACAAAGCGUUAGUAAAUUAUUUACAACCAUUAGUUGCUGGGCUUAUCAUAAAGUCUUUACAAAAGGUGCCUUAUUAGAUCAUGUUACAAUAAUAUUACAAUACCCACAUGGUAUCUGGCAGUGAUCAAUACUGUACUGAUAUAUCACCCAGCUUCCAACCUCAGAAUUUCUGUAUUAGCCUAUACUGACAGAAUGUGUAACAUCUAUUAUCUUUGGAAGUACUUUUUAAAAAUAUAUAUAUUUUGUAUUGUUUUUUAUACUUCUAUCCUAUUUUUAGUGGAGCAUUAUAUGUCCUUCAUUCAAUAUAUUUGUCAUUACCAAGACUGACUCAGCUAUCUAGUGCAAUCUUCCCUGUCUGCCUCUGAUAAAUAAAUCCAUGUUUCCAUGAAAU